CUCUGCACCUGUCACAGUGGGCGGGGCCAGUGAUGUCACCUGUAGCUGUGUGGGGGGAGGGGAUCUUCAGCCUCCGCCUUUCUACGGGGGAAAGUUCGUCCGCACCACGACUCUGUCGCAUCUUCGGAGAGUGAGAAAAAAAAAAGCUACAGCCUGGCCAAAAUGCUGCCAUAGGUGAAACCCCUCGGGUGAUGAUUAUGCGGAACAGCGCCCUUGUUGCGUUUUUCUACCAAUAUUCCGGAUUUUUCGAAGACCUGCGGUCACUAACAGAGUGAGAAGGGAGGUUUCCGCGGAAGGAUACAGAGCGCCGAGAUGGGAAAUUUGAUACUGGCGGUGUUUCUGCUGCUGCACCUGCCGACAGAGCUGCUGUCCAUUCAGGUGAUCGUCCCAGAGACUGAGAGGAGCACAACGUUGUUUGCCUCUGUGAUAAUCCACUGUGACUACACAACAUCAGCCAACCCUCAGGAGGUCCUCGUCACAUGGAGGUUCAAGUCCUUCUGUAAAGACCCGGUUCUGGAGUACUACUCCACAGCCUACCAGGCAGCUCUGCAGCUCGGUCAGGAUCCUGCCAAUGACUGCCCCGACAGCCAGCGCACAGUUCGCACCGUCAUCCAGAAGAGAGGCAUCAACGAUCCAAUGCUGGGGUCACAGUAUAGAAGUCGAAAAAUUACGCUCCAGAAUAAAGCUGAUUUGGUGAUAAAUGAGGUGAUGUGGUGGGACAACGGCAUGUAUUACUGCAGCAUCGACGCUGCUGGGGACACCACGGGCGACUCGGACCGAGAAGUCAGACUCAUCGUGUACCACUGGCUGACCGUCCUGUUUAUCAUCAUUGGCGCUCUGUUGCUCAUCAUGCUCUGCUGCAUAUGCUGCUGUCAGUGCUGCCCGCAAAAAUGCUGCUGCUACGUCCGCUGUCCCUGCUGUCCUCAGACCUGCUGUUGUCCUGAGAAAGCUGUGAUGCAGCACCGGAUGCUGAAACAAGCCCAGAAAGCCAUGGCUCCUUGGAUGAACGGUCAGCCUAUUUAUGCAACUGUCAGCAAUGCAUCCUCUCAGGGUGUUCCCCUGCUGUACUCAGCCUCGAUGUCAGAUUACCCGACCAAGCAAAACAUCUCCAUGACUCCCAUGCAUUUUGCACCUGCGGCUCCGCAGAUGCAGCCCUCGUCACAUACACAAUACAUGGUAAACAACAGCCUGCGUAGCAGCGUUCAAGGUCCCAACCCAAUGCUGGACUACCUGGAGAACCAGGUGAGGGGGCUGGAUGUGGCCCCCCCUCAAAUGGCACCGCACACCGUUCAAAACAGGCCCCCUUUACAGACCCGUUUGCAGCCGCAACCCUCUCCUCCAGCAGUGCCCUACACCCCCGGCCCCCCGAGCAUGUUGUCAGCGCUGGACGAGAUGGGGGUGCAAGGGAUGGAGAGAAGGGUGAUCACUCUGCCCCCUAUCAUCCAAAGAGUUCCCAGCUUUUCCUCCCGCAGAGACCCCGCCGGUGGGGACGGGGCCAGGGGGUAUCCGAGAAUGUCCAGUCAGUCCAGCGGGAGCACCAACCGUUUAGGAGGGGGCCCACAGCGGGACAGCCGUGGGUACAGAACCAGGGACGACCCGCUGCCAGGAAGGGGGAUACUGCGCGAGUACAGUGACGAUUCAGACUGGGACAACCGGCGGGGAAGAGCGACGCACGGGGGGUCGAGGAAUGAGAGGGCCAGUUCAGCCGGGAGGAGAGGGCGGGGGUCCAGGCCGCGCACCCGAAGUCGUGACGACCUGAUGGAGGAGCUGAAUAGCAGAUCGGCGAGGAGGGAGAGGAGCUACUCCCCUCCUCAGCACCGCAAAGGGUCCUGGAGCUCAGAUGAGGAGGUCAGCAGCAGGAGAAAAGGACGCAAAGUGAAGGAUUGGCCGGAGAAACCGCCCAGCUACUACUCUAGUGAGAUCCAGCCCGGUCGCAGGAACUACGACCGUUUUUCUGAUAGAGGCUCCCAUAGCAGUACCAGCGUAGUCAUCUGAAACAUUUCUCUCUUAUAUUCUCCUGACUGCUUCCACAAUGGGGGAAAUUAGGACUUCUGUAACUGUUGCUCUUUGAUAAACUGAAACAUAGUUUUACAGUCCUGUAGUGUGUACUAUAUAUGUUCAUAUUUGAACUACACUUCCAUUGUGUGUAUGUGCAGCAAUAUGAAGAAAUAUUCAUCUAUUUUAAUUAGCUGUUUUUAAAAUGUGAAUCCUUGCUGUAUCUUAUAUUUGUGUGCAUUUCUCUGGUGAUGGACAUCUUUUCCUUAGCUGAUAAAUGUAUUAGUUUCAAGUAAGGUGCAAUCCAGCUUUAUGUUUCCAAUAAUUGCAAUAGUCAAACAGUUUGUCUUUAUCUCUAAAAGUGAAACAAUGUGGCAACAGCUAAAACAGAAAGCACAGAUGACUGCAUUGAAAUAAACAAGUAGUCUAGAAGUCAUUCAGCACUGAAUAAACACUAAGAUACUGUAUAAAUGUGAUCUUAAGAAUUUCUUUGUGAUCUA